UAAGGGUUUGACUUCGGUUACCUAAAUACAUUCAUAUUUUACUGAAGAGGAUGUUGUCACUGUUUGGAAACCGAGCUGAAUAUAUUACACGUUGCUCCAUAUAAAAAUGACAGAAUUCGCGAUCUCUUAUCAGCGAGGAUUACAAACAAUAUUCAGCUGUCCCAUUCAGGAAACAUAAACCAAAAACACAGCGAAGGUUCCUCUUAUCGAUGCGUGUACAAUGUACAUUUUUCGGCGGUACAUCCUGGAAGUAUAUCUGUUUACCCUAUGACAGGUCGCACGAAUAUAAAUACGCGUUCGUGGUAUUUUAGCGCACACUUUCUUGUGACUUCUGCGAGCUUGGUACUUUCAAGUCUAAAUUUAUUUAAUAUAUUUUAUUUUUUCUAAAAUGGCUAAAGUAAUUCUACUUUUAUUCUUUAUUGUAAUUUCGGGGUGUAAAGCUUUGCCACUAGAAGAUGAUGACGUAGUUAUUGAAGCAGCGAAUAGCAUCGAUGAUAAUGAUAUUGAUGAUGUAAAGAUAAAUUUGUCGCAUCUUGGACCUCAACUGUAUGGUGCUCCUAACAGUGAAAGCGGUGACGCAGUAGCCAAAUGGAAUGAGUCAUCACACAUGAACCCUGAAGAAAUGGGGGAGUACGCAGAGGGAGAUAUACUUAUCCCACAGUUAGGGAGGAACGGGAUGAAAGAUGAGACCUCACGGUGGCCUAACGGCAUCAUACCUUACGUCAUCGAAGGACGAUACAAUCAAGAACAACGCGACACCAUCAUGAAAGCCAUAGCUGACUACCACCGCUUGACGUGCCUUCGCUUCGUCCCGUACAAAGGCCAGAAAGACUAUAUCACCAUACAGAGCGGCAAUACGGGGUGCUGGUCUAGCGUUGGACGGAUUGGCGGGCGUCAAGAAGUGAACCUGCAGAACCCAGGCUGCGUGUCCAAGAAGGGGACGGUAUUACACGAGCUUCUACAUGCUGUGGGAUUCAUGCACGAGCAGAGCCGACCAGAGCGUGAUGAUUACGUGGAUGUGCGCUACCAGAACAUCAAGUCAGGCUCGGAGAACAACUUCAAGAAGUCGGACGCCAAGAACACGAACGACUUCGGCGUGAGUUACGACUACAACAGCGUCAUGCAUUACUCCGAGUACGCCUUCUCCAGGAACGGAAGGAAAACUAUCGAGCCUAAGGUCGGCGGCGUGACUCUGGGCCAAAGAGAAGGCUUGAGUCGCGGUGAUGUGAAGAAAGUUAACUCCAUGUACAACUGUCAGAAAGAAGAGCCCCAGAGCGGCUGGCUCGGAGCGGUGUGGCAAGGAUUCUUCGGAUAGACGAUCGAUUAUGUUACUAAUCAUUUGGUGCUUGAAAAAGGAUGACAAACUUAUAAAGUAAACCAUUGACAAACGGGUCUUACAUAUUUUAUAAGUCGUAUGCUUAACUUUUUCGCGUCUUUCGACAAGAUAUCGCAAAGUUAAUAGAAUCUAAAGCAAAUUUUUAACUGCACCCGCAUGUUAACGGCACCGGAGUAUUUUUGAUAUUUCACCGACAUCUGUAAUAUUUCUACCGCUUUAUGCUUUAAAACUGGAAUGUACAAUGCGUCCUCUAUGUUUUCUAUGUAUUUAAUGAAAGCUACUGUAAAUGGUUCCAAUAUUAUUAACCAA